UAGAGGUGGAGGAGGAGGAGGAUGAGGAGGAGGAGAGGAAGAGAGCUACAUUUGUAAAGUCAGAGAAAAGCUGAGAGUGGCAGAAGAAAGUUGACACCGCGUAAGAUGCGCUGCGACCGCGACGAGGAUUAAUGAGAUACCUGCUCGUGAGGAUAUAGAGCGCGAGCCGCGCGGGAUGAGAGAGAGGAUGCUGUGCAGGGGGAAGGGUCUUUGACAAAGCAUGCACACCGCUGCUGCUGCCGCACAGGUGUGACAGGCGCAUCCGCGUGCAUUCACGGCCGCAUCGGCACAGCCUCGACGGAGGGAUGAAGACAAGUUGGAUUCUCUGUGACUCAACGCUCUCGUUCCCUCUCUCACACAAACACGCGUAGGAUACAGACAAUCUGUACACACACACACGAACACACACACACGCACACUCUGCACAUGCCCCCGCUGAGCGCGAGCAAAUCAGUGUGGAACAGCAUUCAGCCGUGUGGAUGGUUAGAACCGGGACGCAGGAUUCCCCCGUCUCUUCUCGGAGGACUCAUCCCGAGGACCGGACAGGACUGGUCCGAGUUUAACGCGAAGACCUCCUCGUCGUCAUCGAACAGGGUAGAGAGCUGCCCGACUCCUCGUCUGUCCCGAAUGAAACCCUCUUAAGGUGGACGGGGGGGUACAUUAAAAAUACAUGUCCCGAAGGAGCGCCGCCGAGCCAGGCAGUAAACACACGGCCAUAAAUCAACAGCGGGGGGACUUCUUGAUUUCUUCCUCAUGGCUUCCAGCAGCAACAGCAGAGGAACCGGCUUGUUGGCGACCCGCUGACCUGCCGACGUGCGCCAUAGGAUUCUAUUUCUGGAGCCGCGUUGCUUUUACAGAUUAACUGCCCUCAAAUAUGGCCCCAAUCCGUUCUUUGCGCCACUAGUUUGACUGCUGCCGGAGGUUGUGCAUGUUCAAGCUUCAAAACACCCCACUGUGCGUCCAAGUCAUUUGGAGGGCCAGCGCAAACAAACACACCACUGUAUGUCAAGACAGACUGAAAGUCUUUUUUGUUAUUCUCUUCACAAUCAUUUCGCCACUCACAAAGUCAGUACCCAUUUGCAUCCAAAGCGGUUGUCGGGAAAGAUUGACAUCCAGAGCUUUCAUGCUGAUAACAUGACCCUGUGCUUAGAUUAGUAAGACUUUGUAUUUUAUUGCAUGAGACAGUUUCCAUGAGUUCCUGAGGGCAGAUUGCACUGAAAACCCAUUUCCUAGUGUUUUCGUUAGCCUGUCAGGGGCUAAUCAAGGUCCUCCAUCAUCAGAAUUUACAUUUCCAUAUUGUAUGAGAGAGAAAGUGGCCAACAUUAGCAUAUUCAUGACCGCUGACGCACUCAAUCAUGUGAAAUGGAAGACGCGGGGCAAACCCCGAGCCAUCAAGCCCUGAAACAAGUAGUUUGUGACAUGUGAGGAAAAGAGGAUCUCGAAUCCCCUGCUCAACUUCAGCACACCCCAUAGCACACAGGAGAAGGGUACCACUGGAACAUUAAGGAUAUUUCAUAAAGCCAGCAUGUGUUGUCGGCCUCUGGACAGAGGCCUGAAAUAAGAGAAAAAUUAAAGAAUAGGAUUACGGAUGGAUUAUCACUGAAACACUAAAGCCACCAAAGCAGCUGCCUUUGCGUAAACCCAUUGGACACUCUUCAGGGAGUCGCUCGGCAGACCGAUUUGUAGAUUACAUUCGGUUGUUGAUGUGGUGGCCUCUUGUGCGGUUGGUAAUAAAAGAGAGGGAUGGAGAAUAUAGAUGAGCUGGAGCACCCUCUUCUGGGAGAAAACCCCAAUAACAGCCGGGCAUCGGGGACGGGGCUGGGGCCCGGGACUGGACAGGCCCCUGGCGGGAUGUUCAAGGGCAUCUUGGUGAAGUGUGAGGAGGACAGGGCCUACCCUCCCUUAGCGUGGAGGGGCUAUUGUGGACAUCGUCCUGAGCUUCAGCAGCAGCAGCCACUGGACCCUUGCUCCUUACCGCGCACGCUGGAGUCCUUUUACCCGCCGGCUCCCAUCUGGGGCCAUGCGGACUCCCUGCUCAGCAAAGACUACCUGGAGACCACCUUUGUGGACAUUCGGCCCGGCUCCACGCUGGAGAGGAAGCUGCUGGCCGAGACACAGGACUUCCACAGUAUGUCCUACAGCAUUGAUGAUGAGGACGACCUGCUCCCCGACUCUGACGACUCAUCCAUUGAUGACUUCAGUGAUACAGACAGUGAGAGCAACUUCCCUCUGAUGAUCCCUCAGGACUACCUGGGUCUGGCCUUCUUCUCCAUGCUCUGCUGCUUCUGGCCCCUGGGCAUCGCUGCCUUCUACCUUUCACAGAAGACCAACAAGGCCUCGGCUGAGGGGGAUUUUCAGGGGGCCAACGCAGCGUCUCGCCAGGCUCUGUGGCUCUCGGUGCUCUCCAUUGUGUUUGGGAUCAUCACGUACAUCUGUGCCAUCGCCGCGUUGAUUUCCUACCUGUCUGGAAAACCACCAUAAAAGCAACUACUACUACUACUACUACACACACACACACACACACACAAAUGACCUCUCACACAUCUCAUGAAUACUAACAUAAAUAUAAAAUAAUCAGUGUUUGUCUGUCAACCCUACACCAACUGGAAAAGGACAGGAGAGCUGGUGUAGAUCACAAUCACCUCUAAUUGGUCCUUCACUCCAUAUCGAAGAUUCAGUCUGUAAAUGUGAUUCAUGUUGUCUCCCGAGGACUUAAGUUACCUGCCAUCCUUUCGAUUUGUGCUGUCGUCAUCAUCACAUGUUAAACAUUACUGAAGUAAAAAAAACAAAAAAACUGGGACAACAAAUGCAGAUGUUAUCGCAACACUGUAGAUAUCACUGUCAGUGGAAACGGAAAGAAAAGUGAGGGUCCGCCUGGUAGGAGCCGAGCGGAGGCAAGGAGACGGGCGAUGGAGGCUGCAGAUUUGUGAGAAGGUCGCAGCAAGGACGAGGCAGCAGCUAAAUCCUGAUGGACCUCGUUGUGCUGUCGCUGGUGGGGUGAAAGCUGGGGAAGGCUUUGAGAGCCCAGAGCUUUUUUUUUUUAAUAUGUGGAGCCAGAAGUGUUAUUCUUUCAGAGAAGCCAGAAUUUGUUGCUACUCUUCUGGCCAGAGAGAGAGGGACCCACAGGGAACACACUGCACAUGCACAUCCUGACUUCACAUUCUGCAUCACAAUUGUUACCCUGCAGAACGGACUAAAUCUGCUUUGUUUAAUGCCAAGUUCAAUAAGUAUCUUUAUUUUUGAUUGCACAAAAAAAAACUAAAUGAAAAAAACAAACAUAUAGUGCCAUUAUAUAAGAAAAAUAAAUAUAACUUCAGGACUUGUCAAAUGAAGAGCAAAGUGGUGGUGUGAAACACUGGCUCUAGGUAUAGACAUGAAGGAGCUGCUUCUGUAUACAGUGUUAGGAAACGAUGACAUAGACGAGAGGUGCAGACAUGCAAGGAAAAGUGCCAAAAAUAUGGAAGAUACUCUAAGGAUGAUCCUUUUAUGAGCUGUUCCAUGAAUAGAAGCAACCAUGGCUGUUGCUCCGCGCUCUCCAAAUAUAGAUUCUGCUACUUUCUCCUUCAAAAGGACGACUGAAAUCCUUCAGAAAGUUGCUUCUUGCCGUAUGACAAACUCGAAAAUGAAGUUGGCUACUCAAACUUAUGUAAGCAAACAGUAACACUUUGUUCAGAUGAGCAAAGGGGUAAAAAAAAAAAUAAGAAAAAGGUUGCCUGGCGAGACAUCUUAGCGCUCAGCCACGUGAUGCAUGAGUCAGUAAAAUCUCCAUUUCGGUCACGACAGAAACCUGCAUGGCCAGUUUUUAGUUUGCCAUGUACAAACCUGCUCUGAGCUACGAUCACUUCCUUCAUUUGGUCCGGAACUUUUGCAAAGAAACACAGCUUUGGUAAAAGUCAAACACUCUGGCCAUAUUGGUUUGAGCUUAAAUGUGCCAUUGAGGAAGCAGUGAACAAGGGACCUCAAAAGUAAAUGAUAAAAAAAAGACUGUACGGUAAAAGCUAACAUUUUCUAUUUAGAUGUAUAGUUUUUAUAGUCUCCUGAUGAACUGCAAAUACUUUGUUUUCUGCAAACCCAGUGUUGUAUCAAGACUGAGCUGAUAAUAUGUAAUGGUCACUGUCGGCGGUAUAUGUAGACACACCUGUGAUAUCUCAGCCAUCGCCGUUGAUGUGCUGCGGUAAUGCUGCACCAACCCGAGUCAGCACGGCAUUGUACAGUCCUGAAUCCCGAGCCGUCCUCUGUCUCCACUGGACAUUUGUGUCAAUGAAAAAUAAAAAAGACCCUUUGUUGUUACAGCUGAGUUACCACAAUUAGUGAUUUAGAUGUGAGCAUUUAUUGUGGAUUGACUCGACGGAUCGCCUGACGGGCUCCAGUCAGAUUUGUCUCACUUUGUAUCACUUGUAUAGAUUGUCAAUGAAAAGGUCAAAGGUUGUGGCAAAUGAGUUAGUACAAGAGAUAUUUAUUCCACUUCCUUUUAAUACAUGUAAAUAUUAAACAGAGAGAAUAAUCAAUGAAUCCCAAUAAAUGCACUUGUUUGACAUUCAUCUCUGCUCUUUUGUAUUUUGCACCCUCACUUAACAGUUCAACGUCGUCUUCUCACAAAUGUCCAGAUGUAAACCUUACGCUUCACAGCUGACUACAACUCAACUGAAGCAAAGGUAGCCCAAAGUGGUGAAUAAAUGUUUUAUUAUAACAUCAGUAUUUAAAAUCAUUGUGAAAAAAAAAAAAGCAAGAGUAGAAAAAGAAGAGCUGCUGCUGCUGCUUCAUCAGAGGGUUUUGGAGUAUCGGCGCUUGACAGAGUCUCUGUAGAACUGGAAGAUUUUCUCUGAUGCUUUCUGACUGACUGCAAUACACUGCUGCAGCUGGAGAGGAAAACAACAAAUAUGAAAGGUCUGCACUAUAACUAGAGGCAGAGUCUGAAAAAGCAUCUUGUUAUCACCAGACAGAUCACUGACAGAGUAAAGCGUCACUUUAUGUCCAACACAUCUGGAAAUCACACAUCAGGCAUGAUUCCCAAAAAAACAACAUUUGACAAUGUUGCACAUUUGCUCAUUUAUUUACCGACCUCGUGUACUGAAAACGACCCUUUGGUGGAUGACAUGAUUACUCUGUGUUCUGUGCUGUCAAUAGCGAAGGUCAUCACAGCCCGACUUUCCUGGUGAGAGGACACAGACGAGAACAAAUUAACGAAUUCAGCGAGGAUUUAGGGGUGACCGUGGCUCACUGGGUUAAGAGGGUUGUCUGGCAACCGGAAGGUCAACGGUUCGAUUGUUAUAAUGCGUUAAAGAGAAAUUCUGUCCUCUUCUGUUCGGUCAAAUCAAAGGCCUUUAAAUGUACUUUUUUUAUUCCUGUACAAUGAAACAUGUAUGAUUUUACUGAUAUCAUGCCCUUCACCCUAUGAGAUAAUUGCUUCCUCUCAGCUGAACUAUUAAGAUUUUCCUAUGUGGGAUGUAUUUUGUCACGAUGGCACUUUAAUUAAAUAAACAAAGGACUUUGGGGUGUUUUUUUUUCCACAACACAACCUCAGAUUUACCUUUUCCUGCGCUGCAGUGGGGUCUGUGACGAUUUGACCGUCUGCAUCGAUGGCACAGGUCACGCCACAGAACAGGCAGCUCAUGGGCAGGCCUGCAUCAAUAAGAGCCAUGCAGGCAGCAUUCAAAAAGCAGGACAAGAUCUGAGGAACAGAUAAGGAAGCACACCGACCAGGAAACACCUCUAACAUACCGGUUCAGCGCCCUACUGGCGGAGCUUUACUGAAGGAUACUGAACCAUCGUCAUGUAUCAGCUGAAGGAUGAGGGUGAGGGAGGAGCGAGGAUGAAGUGACAAGAGCAGAGAUGCCUCGCAAGUUUCUCGCACACACUGCUCUUGUGAUCGCUGCCUUACACCUAGAAAAUAAAGAAAUGUUGGGAUACAUACGCAAGUCAGACCGGACACAGACUGGCUCACUUACACCACCUAGUGAUGUGUUGUGGUAUGGCCGUUAUUGCACACCACAAGUGGACAAGGCUGUAAAAUUAACAGUUGCUAGCCUCCUAAAGCACCUUAAAUUCCUUAAGUCCCACUAAAGAAAGCUUGUAGAAACAUUUAUUUCCGUACAACAUAAAUAUUUUCCCCGUUAUAUAUAUAUGUCCUAAUUUCAACACUGCAUUGUCACUAAAGUAUCCUGCCUGUGUGUGCAACAUUCAAACUGAACAUUAACAAAGCAAAUAAGCGCUAGAAAGUAAAUAGAACAAAUGAUCACUCAAAUAGAAGAUUUAAACUGCCCACAUUGUGCUAGACCAGCAUUCAGGAACUGCACUAGACUCCCAAUAAACACAUGAAAUAAAGCCGCAUGAUGGGAAAUGAGAUAAUCACUUACUUGGCAGUCCCACUUUGGGCUGG